AUGGAAAACUUCUCCCUUACAGUCAACAGUCACGUCGCUAUGCUCCAGGUUCCUCUAGAGAUCAUCUAUCUAAUCGCCGACAACCUAUGUUUGUCCGAUAAAGUCUACCUUUCACAGACAUGCACAGCGCUACGGCGAAUCAUGUUCUGUGACUGGAAGCAAGCAGCGUCCAAGCUUUCCCGAGAGGAUAGGUUUGCAUUUUGGGAAGGAAUUGCACACCAAUCCACAAAUCAUUGGGCCUGUCAGAGAUGUUGCAAGCUACACCUUGUCAAUGACAAUACUCUGAAGACUAUAGGAGAUAACUGUCCUCCCUGCGGUUUUCAACUGCACAGUCCACUAAAUCUUGGUGGCUGUCACAUCGAUCAUCAUCAUGUUCAAUUUGCCCUAAAGCUAGCACGGCUGGGCAAUAUGGAACAGAAACAUCUGGAAACGAUGAUGAGGCCAAAUAUAACAAUUUGCCCACACUUGUGUCUGCGAGGUGGACUCAAUUACAGUCGUGCAGAGAAGAGAAAGGUCAGCGCUACAAUCCAGACACAGAGCUGGACCACCACUCCUCGAGUAAUAACCGACCUUGAGGAUGGAAUUGAUCUUGCAAUAAAAAUACCUGGCCAGUGGGUAUUCAUUUCCUGCCCGCGUUGUCCUACAGAUUGUGGGAUAAUAGUUUCCGAAGGAAAUAAAGAAGCGACAAUCCAGUCUUGGUAUGAUCUUGGCACAGAAGGACCACACUCAGCUGUUCGCUGGGGAGUACAUGUCAGUGCUGGCAUUUAUGAUGACUGGAUCGACCAAGGGAUGAAAGUGGAUUAUACCCAUGGUAGUAUUCGGGCAUUAUGGUUGGAGGAUGAUAUUGGUAGACAGGUCCGAUCACAUAUGUAG